GCAAGUGAAGCCGUCUUGAAGUUUCAGGAUUUUUUGAGUUUAGCAGGGUGCUUACAUAGGAUGAUUUCUGUUGAAUGUUCUAAACAGAUUGUUGAAGAAGCCACAAAUUGGUAUUUUUUCGGGCGCACAAGAGGAGUAUUUGAAAGAUUCAAACAGGGUCUUUGUACACUUGGUGUUCUGGAUGCAAUUCACAAGUUUCCCAAGGCAUUUUAUCCAGCCUUAUGCUACACAGAAAAAACACUUACAUGGCAAGAAAUGGACAAAAUGUUUACUAUCAGUUUGGAGUAUCAAGGUAGCAAUAAGCGACAACUGCAGACAAAAAUCAUAGGAUGGUGGCGAGAUUACUUAAUAGAUGUGCAAGAUGGGGAUGGAGACAUCUCACUUGGUCAAAUUCUAGCAUUUGCUACAGGAACAGAUUAUCCACCAGCACUUGGAUGGACAACUAAGCCAUCCAUUGAAUUCAUUUAUAGUAAAGAUCUGUUCCCCACUGCAAACACAUGUGCCAAUAUUUUACGUCUACCUACAGUUCAUAAUGUUUAUGAAGAUUUUAAAUGCAACCUUGACUUCGCCAUUCAGAAUUCUCCAGGAUUUGGGCAGACAUAAUAAAUACAAACGUGCAAUAAUCCGAUAAUGACUUCAUAGUGAGACAUACAUAACCCAUAAGUAUUUCAU